UGAUACAAAGUACGCAUGCCGCUGCCAUAUCCCCCCGCCCCCCUACACCCUGCCCACCCCUCCAGCAUGAUUUUACCUUCACCCUUUGUACCUUGGAAGUUUUCUGUUUUCCUAGCCGUCACAGACAUGCUGUCUCUGUCAUUACGGCAAACAUUACAGCCCCUCUUCCUCAGGGUUGCAGGAAGUUUGGGCAGAAAGGGCCCGAUCGCUACGGAGUCAUGCGGACGAGGCCUCAGCAGCGCGAGCGGGUGGACGGGGCAGGAGAGCCUGGCCCAGGACGACCCAGAGAUGUGGAGUCUCCUGCAGCAGGAGAAGGACAGGCAGUGCCGGGGACUGGAGCUCAUUGCAUCAGAGAACUUCUGCAGCCGUGCAGCACUGGAGGCGCAGGGAUCUUGUCUGAACAACAAGUAUUCUGAGGGAUAUCCAGGACAAAGGUACUAUGGAGGCGCAGAGAUUGUCGACCAGAUUGAGCUGUUGUGUCAGAAGAGAGCGCUCACAGCCUUCGGUCUGGACCCAGACCUGUGGGGUGUCAACGUCCAGCCGUACUCCGGCUCGCCCGCUAACUUCGCAGCCUACACGUCUGUACUGAAGCCUCAUGACCGCAUCAUGGGUCUGGACCUGCCUGAUGGGGGGCACCUUACCCACGGCUACAUGACUGACACCAAGAGAAUCUCAGCCACCUCCAUAUACUUUGAAUCGAUGCCUUACAAACUGAACCCUCAAACAGGUCUGAUUGAUUAUGAGCAGCUGGAGAAGACCGCCCGGCUCUACAGACCCAGACUCAUCAUAGCGGGAACCAGCGCUUACGCUCGCAUCAUCGACUACUCUCGCAUGAAGAAGCUGUGCGUGGAGCUGAACGCCUACUUGCUGGCAGACAUGGCUCAUAUCAGCGGCCUGGUGGCAGCAGGAGCUGUUCCCUCUCCUUUCCAGCACGCUGACCUGGUGACCACUACAACCCACAAGUCUCUUCGUGGAUCAAGGGCUGGACUGAUCUUCUACCGGAAAGGUGUUCGGUCUGUGGAUAAGAAAGGCCGGGAGGUUCUCUACGACCUCCAGGACAGGGUGAACUUUGCUGUGUUCCCAUCACUCCAAGGAGGACCUCACAACCACGCCAUCGCUGGGGUGGCCGUCGCCCUAAAACAGGCUUCCACUCCCAUGUUCAAACAGUACAUCGCUCAAGUGAUGUUGAAUUGCAAAGCCAUGGCUAACGCUCUGCUAAAGAAAGGCUACACACUGGUAUCAGGUGGAACGGACAAUCACUUGGUCUUGGUUGACCUUCGACCUCGUGGCAUGGACGGCGCUCGAGCUGAGAGGGUCCUGGAGCUGGUGUCCAUCACCGCCAACAAGAACACCUGUCCUGGAGACAAAAGCGCCCUCACUCCGGGAGGACUCCGGCUCGGAACCCCAGCUCUAACGUCUCGAGAGCUUAAGGAAGCAGACUUUGAGAAGGUUGUGGAUUUUAUCGAUGAAGGAAUUCAGAUAGCACUGGAUGUGAAGAAGAAGACCGGAAAUCUGGCUAGCUUCAAGUCCUUCCUGCUGCAGGAUCCAGACACAAUGUCGCGAAUCUCUGAGCUCCGCCAGCGGGUGGAGCUAUUCGCCAGGCCCUUCCCUAUGCCAGGAUUCUCCGACCACUAAAAACAAGCAUCACGUUAUAGGCGCAUCAUUUAAUGAACUGUAAACGUCGUAGUUUCUCUUUGAAUGCUGCCAUGGUAAUGAGCCUUAUUUCAUUAUGCUGCCAGUUACAGUUUUUUCUUUACACUUCCAUAGAAACUGAUAAAUAAUAAUAAUAAACAUAAUUAAAAUAAAUAAAAUAAUUGGGCUGUCACACACAUUAACAGUAAUGUUAAAUGUAAAAGCUUUGUAUUUCACCAUUUUUUAUCAUGGUAACAGUUUACUUUAGGUUUUAAAUGCAGUAGUAAUAAGCAGUACAUAUAUAUGCAUUUAUUACAAACUAUAAUUGUAUCAAUAAAGAAUUACAACUCCU